AUGGCUUCCACCACCGACACGUCCACCUACAAGCUCAACCACACUAUGCUCCGGGUCAAAGACCCUAAGAGAUCAGGCAAGUUCUUUUAUUACAAAUUCCUGGGCCUCAGCGAGAUCAAGAAACUGGAUUUCCCCGAAGCCAAAUUCUCCCUGUAUUUUCUGGCUUACGACAGCGCCAACUCUCUCUCGAAAGACAACGGCCUGUUUGAUCGCAACGGCGUGCUGGAACUCACCCACAACUGGGGCACCGAGAACGACCCGAACUACAGCAUCGUCAAUGGAAACACCGAGCCACACCGCGGGUUCGGACAUAUCGCCAUCUCUGUCGAUAACAUCGAGGCUGCUUGCAAGCGCCUCGAGGACGCCGGUCACCCUUUCCAGAAGAAACUACAGGACGGCCGCAUGAAGCACAUUGCCUUUGCCAAGGACCCCGAUGGAUACUGGGUCGAGAUCAUCCGUCGCCACGAGCAGGAUGUUGGCACCACCACUGACCCAUCGACUUACCGCUUCAACCACACCAUGCUCCGAGUCAAGUCCCCCGAGGCCAGUCUCAAGUGGUACCAGGACGUGCUGGGCAUGAAGCUGAUACGCACGCGAAAGAACCCGGACGCCAAAUUCGACCUUUACUUCCUGGCCUAUCCCGGGUCGAACCCUGCCAUCAAUGAGUCCUCUGCGGCUCCAGGAUCCGACUGGGAAGGAAUCGUGGAGCUCACCUGGAACUACGGCACCGAGACUCAAGAAGGCCCCGUCUACCACAAUGGAAACGACCAGCCGCAGGGAUUUGGGCAUAUCUGUAUUACCGUAGACAACCUCGACGCUGCUUGCGCGCGUUUCGAGACUCUCGGCGUCAACUGGAAGAAGCGUCUCACCGAUGGGCGCAUGAAGAAUGUCGCUUUCCUUCUUGACCCCGACAACUAUUGGGUCGAGGUUGUCCAGAACGAAAAGUUCAGCGAUGCCCACAAAAUUUAG